UCACCUGAGAGAAAACGCGACGUCCACAGGCUCUACACCUGCCAAGAACAGCACAGUCCAUGUGAUCUUCCUAAGAAAACAAAACGAAACAACCACCAAAGGAGAAGUAAGUAAGCCGGCAGCAACUGUCCAGGAGCCUGCUGCGACGUCAUCCCAUCCACAGACAGCACCUGCCGUGCCGUGUCCUUCCCAGGCAGCCCCAGUGCCACCGACUUCGGCGAACAAACCGAUGCAGAUAAUCCUGAUGGCACCUUCAGGAUCACCUACAACAGGUACACAGCAGCCUGUAACAAGUGGGUCUCUUCAAACAAAACUAGCCUCGCUUCAACAGAAGAGCAGCACAUCGGGAUACAUCUCGUCGAUUCCUCAGACAGCGAACUUGCUGAGGGGUAUAAGGAUCCUUCCGCUUCAGCAAACGAUUUCGAUGUCCCACGUGGGAGUAGUCCCUGCUCUGGAAAUCCAAGCUUUACCACCCCGUUCCGUGUCGUCUGCCUCGACACCUUUGGUAUCUGCUACCCCUUUGGGCACGCCUGCUACAGAGGUCGCUUUAGGUACGCAAAGACCGAGCACCAGAUCGCGGGACAUUGUAGACGCACAACCUAAGCCCAAAGUCUCGCAAAAAGUCGCGGGAAAACCAGCUAUUUUGCAGAAGAAGAAGCCCGUGCUAAAGCGAGAGGACAUCGCGAUGCCUGCGCACCAAAACGUCAUCACUGUGGCGCUUCAGGACGCGGAAAUCGAGCAGGAGGUCGUCGUCGACAAUUCUAAUCAGGACAUCACGAUAGCGGACGAACACGUGAUGAUAGAAGCCUCAACAGCCGCAGACCAGCAAAAGGCCCAGGGAACGGAACACAAGACGAUAACUUAUACCGUUCAGAAGGGGAGCAAGACCCUGUACCUCUGCAACACCUGUCCCUAUACCACCGGUAGGAAGUCCCACCUCGUCGAGCACGAGAGAAGUCACACUGGCGAGAAGCCAUUCAAGUGCAGCUACUGCGAUUACGCGUCAACGCGCAACUGCCACCUCAAGGAUCACGAGCGUAUUCACACUGGAGAGAAGCCCUAUAAGUGUGACAUAUGCGAUUAUUCUGCGAGCAGAAGGCACCAUCUCAGAGAUCACAUGAAGACCCACUUCUCACCUCAGAGGAAGAAGCGCAAAGUAGUAGUUUCUCCUGAGGAAAGUAUGGAUUAUGAAAUAGUCUCCAUAGAAGAAGAAGACGACGACGACGAAGAAGAGGAAGAGCAGCUGUAGGAACACCUGGCACCUCUUGAGGAAAGCCAUGCAUGGUUUUGGAUACUCCUAUACCGCUGUUCGAUUCGCGGACAGCCCAGUAUGCUGCACCUAUUGGCCUGAAACUGCACACAUUGAGGUUCCCCUACUGCUACCCAACAUUUGCACUAAUAGAGAGCGUUCCUUUUCAUGUACCUUUGUUAUAUCUGCAAUAAAAUCUUCGCUUGGUUACCAUUA